AUGAUAUUUGCCAUCCUUCUUGUCAUAUCUGUACAAGCUGCACCUACAUCACCUUCCUCCCUCGCUAAACGCGAAGAUACAAUCGACGUGCUCAACUCCCAACUUGCCACUAAGAAACAAGAAGAAGACUCCCGCCGGCUAGAACAAGAGAAACAACUUGAAGUAAUCCUAAUUCAGAUCCGGAUCGAACAAGACCCCGGUAAAAAAGACGAAGAACAGAAGAAGUAUGAUGAAAUGAAGAAAAAUGCGGAUGAAGAGGCAAAGAGACUCCAGGAUGAGAUCGAUGCCUUGGAGGAGCAGAUUAAAAAGCUACAAGAUCAGCAGAAUAAUGACGAUAAAAAGAAGGAUGAUAAGAAGAAAGACGACAAAAAGAAGAAUGAUGAUAGAAGGCGGAGAAAGGUGGAAGCCAACUUAAGGAGGGCUAAGGAGCAAAGGGAUAAAGACAGGAAGAAUAAUAACAAGAAAAUUAUCGUUAUUGUAGUGCAAAUAGUUGUCGUCAUCGAUCGCGAUGGGAGAUCCGCACCGCCACGCUACGAGACUAUCGCCAAAGUGGAUUAUGAAAAAGCCAGUGCUUCCGAGACUGAGACACAGUGGAUUACCGAUCCAACUGUCGAAUACAUCACAAAAGACACCCCUGAUGCAGUGUCCACUGACGCUCCCGCGGAGACCACGGCUGAAGAGGACGUUCCUACUGAGACUAUCCUGGAUGACACUCCUAGUGAGACCGCCGCCGAAGAAACUCCGGCUGAAACGGCGGUCGGAGUUCCUGCCGAGACCACAGCAGCUGAAAUUCCAACAGAAACCGGUGUCGUUGAACAACCCGCGGAAACACCCGCAGCAGAGGUUCCCGCUGAAACUACCGCUGCCGCGGUCGAGACCCCAAUCACUUCUCUGGCUUAUAACCCAUUUAUACCCGCGAGAUAUAGAGGCCGUAGAGCCAUCUAG